AUGGUCGCAGUUGCUGCAGGCGCUGCCGCGGAGUCUGCCCAAUGGAGUCCCGCUAUCAACCACGUUCUCGCUCAUGCUGUAGCUGCACGUGACGACAACUGCGCCGAGCUCCCAAAGCUCUGCACAGACGCGGUAAUGCUACGUGGCUAUGAGACGACUCUGACCUACCUGUGUCCCGAGAAGACCGAAGGCCCGUCGAUUGUCACCGUCACUACCACCAGGACAACCACUGUGACGGCAGACCAGAGCCUGACCUCUAGCGUUGCUCCCGCUCCCGCUCCUACCUCGAAUGUCGGUGCUGCUCCUUCGGUACAGCCUAUCCCCCACAAACCCGUCUCAGCCACUUCGGACGUUGGAGGUCCUCCCGCAGAGGAGCCCACUACCACCGUGAUCAUCCAGUCAACCGUCCAAGUUACCAUCAUUAGAUCAGUCACCAAGGUCGCUCCCAGCUCUACGUCGUCAUCUCUUCCUCCCCCGUCCAUCACUUGGUCUUUCACCGCGGUCCGCCCUACCGAUGUCAAAUCCUCCUAUGUCUCGAGCGGAUCGUCGUCGGCGUCUCGCAUUGAGCUACCUUCGAUAGUGUCGUCCGUCGGUCCGCGACCAUCUAGCACGAGCAAAUCGUUUGGACUGUUCCCUAGCCAUACUGUUAGCAGCUCGUCUUCAGUGGCUUCCACGUCUUGGUCACCUUCGACGUCUUCGGCGGCUUCCUCGUCUGCGUUAGAUUCCACAUCUUCAGCUGCUUCCUCGUCUUCGAUGGCGAGUUUACCGUCGGGUGGUCAUCAUGCUCCACCUUUCGCGAACGGUACCGCUAUCAGCUACACCCCCGGCAUCUUCCCCACGCUGAACGCGAGGGACGAAGAGUCCACGAUGACUGUUACCUCCACGGUCACCCGCCAUGCCUCUGACCAUGCCUCGGGCACUACCCAUGCCUCAGACACCACAACUGCUGCGGCCACUGAGACUAAGAAGGGUCAGGCUGGAGAUAAUAGGGCCUCGUUCAUUGCCUUGUUCUUCGGCGUACUGGCUGCUACCUGGCUUAUCUAG